GAUCGUCGAAUUUAUGGGUUCCAUCAACCCAUUGUACUUCGAUCGCUUGCUUCCUUCAUCGUCGGUUUGAUUCAGGCAGAUCUAGUACCUUCAAACCUAACGGAACUGAAUUUGAAAUUCACUAUGCUUCUGGAGGUUUAGAAGGAAUUAUUAGUAAUGAUGUUUUACAAAUAGCGGAUAUUAAGGUUAUUGACCAGGAUUUUGGUGAAGCCGUUAAAGAACCUGGCUUAGUUUUUACUUUUGGUCGCUUCGAUGGUUAUGAUAACAUUGCUGUCAAAGGUGCUGUUCCUCCUUUUUAUCAUAUAGUAAAUCGUAAACUUAUUGAUACACCGAUUUUUUCGUUUUGGCUUAGUAAUGCUGAUAAAAAUAAUGCUAUUGGUGGAGAACUGAUUUUCGGUGGUUAUGAUGAAUCUCAUAUUGAUGAACCCAUUCAUUGGGUUCCAGUUAGAAGAAAGGGUUAUUGGGAAAUCGAAUUAGAAAAAAUUGUUUUUGGUGGAGAAGAAGUAGAAAUGGAAGGAACUGGUGCUGCGAUUGAUACCGGAACUUCUCUUAUAGCAGUACCUAUUUCUAUUGCAGACUUGAUUCAUAAAGCAAUUGGUGGCAAGAGAAACUUUGCCGGUCAAUAUAUAAUUGACUGUGACAGAGUACCAUCUUUACCUGAUUUCAGCUUGCAAUUUAAUAGCAAAUUAUUUACUUUGAAUGGCUCGGAAUAUGUUUUGAAAGGUAUUAUUAUUCAUCACUCUUAUCUAUUUUUAUGUCAAGGUUUAUUACCAUUAAUGUUGAUCUUUCCUAGUUCAAAGCCAAUGUAUUUCCGCGUUUACGGGUCUUGA